AUGGCCGACAUCGCCCCCCUUGCCGCCCAAACCCUCGCCCAAGACACACACCUCACGUCCACACCGUCCACCGCGCCCCCGACCUCCGCCGACUCGGCCCCCAAGUCCGUUGUCGUCGGCGUCGGCCACGACUCUAUCGACGACGACGACGACGCCUCCAUCACCCUCUCGCUCGUCGAAGAGCCACACAGCGGCGGCGGGCGGCUGCCGACGCUGCCGGACCUCCGCUUCGAGCAGAGCUACCUGGCGAGCAUUGCGGCGGCCGAGGGCGUGUGGUGGAAGAUUGCGCUCAUCACGCUCAAGGACCAGUGUCUGAUGCCACUGCUGCAGGGCGUGGGGUAUAAUCUGUUUGUGAUGGGGUUCAGGGUGUGGAAUCGGGGGGCUAAGUUUGCGGGCGCGGGGGUGGGAGCGAGAGUGAGACGGUGGUGGUGGGGGGUUAAUAAUUGGGAUAUCCCGAGGCGGUACUAG